UAUUGCUUUCCUGUAAAAAGAUAUGCUAUACAAAUAUUCACAUUAUAAAUGCACAUAGUCCUUAAUAAACCAGAUCUAUAUAUCCCGGAAACACUGUGCUCAUUGAUAUAUGUUGUGAACAUGUAUUAGAAAAACAUUUUCUUAGCUGUGUAAUAAGUCCUCAGAGGCAAGUGUAAAUGAACCUAAUUUUUUUCUUCUUUUUUUCGUCUUCUUCCAGAAAUGCUGAUUUCAGUAAUUUGCAAAAAAUUGCGUAUGGAUUUUUAGCAACUGAAGAACAAGAUAAGGUCUCGAGUCUGGAUAUUGGUUGUGGUGUGUUUUUUUUUUAAAUUUUUAUGAUUAUUAUUUUUGGUUGGCUUUUUUCCCCUUCCCUUGUGGAUGUGAACUGAAGACCUAUGGAGGAGUGCUGGACGAGGGAACAGGAGGACGCUUACUUCAUUUUAUUUGGAAACGCUCAUUGUCGCGAUACCUUCAAGUCAUAUUCCACAGUCAUGUGGUCAUCACAGCUGCUGUUCUUCACAAUGCUCUUAGCACCAGCAGUGCAUGCUUUCAGCCGUGCCCCAGUUCCUAUGGCCGUGGUCCGACGGGAACUGUCCUGUGAGAGCUAUCCAAUAGAACUUCGCUGCCCGGGAACAGAUGUCAUCAUGAUUGAAAGUGCCAACUAUGGUAGGACUGAUGAUAAAAUCUGUGACUCUGAUCCUGCUCAGAUGGAGAAUAUCCGCUGUUAUCUGCCAGAUGCCUAUAAGAUUAUGACUCAAAGAUGCAGUAAUCGUACACAGUGCGCAGUGGUAGCGGGCCCUGAUGUGUUUCCAGAUCCUUGCCCGGGAACGUACAAAUACCUGGAAGUGCAGUAUGAAUGUGUCCCCUACAAAGUGGAACAAAAAGUUUUUCUUUGUCCUGGCCUACUAAAAGGUGUAUACCAGAGUGAACAUUUAUUUGAGUCAGACCAUCAAUCUGGGGCUUGGUGCAAGGACCCUCUACAGGCUUCUGACAAGAUUUAUUACAUGCCCUGGACCCCGUACAGAACGGACACCCUGACGGAGUAUUCUUCCAAGGAUGAUUUCAUAGCUGGGAGACCAACGACUACCUAUAAACUCCCUCACCGGGUAGAUGGCACUGGAUUUGUAGUGUACGAUGGGGCUUUGUUCUUCAACAAGGAGCGAACCAGGAAUAUAGUCAAGUUUGACUUGAGGACAAGAAUAAAAAGUGGGGAGGCUAUCAUAGCAAAUGCUAAUUACCAUGACACCUCUCCUUACAGGUGGGGAGGCAAGUCCGACAUAGACCUGGCGGUUGAUGAGAAUGGGCUAUGGGUAAUCUAUGCAACUGAACAAAACAAUGGCAAAAUUGUCAUUAGCCAGUUAAACCCUUACACCUUAAGGAUCGAAGGGACGUGGGAUACAGCCUAUGACAAAAGGUCAGCUUCCAACGCUUUCAUGAUCUGUGGGAUUUUAUAUGUGGUUAAGUCUGUGUAUGAAGAUGAUGACAAUGAAGCCACAGGAAAUAAGAUAGACUAUAUUUACAAUACUGACCAAAGCAAGGAUAGUCUGGUGGAUGUUCCCUUUCCAAACUCUUACCAGUACAUCGCUGCUGUGGAUUAUAACCCCAGGGACAACCUCCUUUAUGUAUGGAACAACUAUCAUGUGGUGAAAUAUUCUUUGGAUUUUGGACCACUGGACAGCAGAUCAGGGCAGGCACACCAUGGGCAGGUUUCCUACAUUGCUCCACCAAUUCAUCUUGAUUCAGACCCGGAGAGACCGCCUUCAAAGGAAGUAUCGACAUCUGGGGUGCAUGGCAUGGGAAGCACCACCACCAGCACCCCUCUUCUCCUCACUGCCACAAGCACCGGGCGCACCACCACCACCUCAGCCACGGGCAGAAGGAACAGGAGCACAAACACGCCCUCCCUGGUGGUAGAUGUCCCCAAUGAAAUGACUACACCCCUUCCACCUGCCUCCUCCCAGCUCCCCGCUGUAGGGGCAGAGAGCUGUGAUGCUGUGGAAGCCCGUGAGAUCAUGUGGUUUAGGACCCGGCAAGGACAGAUGGCAAAGCAGCCCUGCCCUAUGGGAACAGUAGGUGUUUCAACUUUCCUGUGUCUCACUCCUGAUGGGAUAUGGGACCCACAAGGGCCGGACCUCAGCAACUGCUCUUCUCCUUGGGUCAACCACAUCACACAGAAGCUGAAGUCCGGGGAGACAGCUGCCAACAUUGCCAGAGAGCUUGCAGAGCAGACAAAAAAUCACUUGAACGCUGGAGACAUCACAUAUUCAGUCCGAGCCAUGGACCAACUGGUGGGCUUGCUGGAUGUGCAGCUCCGAAACCUGACUCCAGGUGGGAAAGACAGUGCUGCGCGUAGUUUAAACAAGCUUCAGAAAAGGGAGCGCUCUUGCAGGGCCUAUGUCCAGGCCAUGGUCGAGACAGUUAAUAACCUCCUGCAGCCACAGGCUCUGAACGCAUGGAGAGACCUGACCGCAAGCGACCAGCUGCGCGCAGCCACCAUGUUGCUGGACACAGUGGAGGAAAGUGCCUUUGUGCUGGCCGAUAACCUCCUGAAGUCGGACAUUGUCAGGGAGAACACUGACAAUAUCCAACUGGAAGUUGCAAGGCUAAGCACCGAUGGGAAUUUGGAAGACCUGAAAUUUCCACAGAACUUGGGCCACGGAAGCGCCAUCCAGCUGUCGGCAAAUACGUUGAAACAAAAUGGUCGAAAUGGUGAAAUCAGGGUGGCUUUUGUGCUGUAUAACAACCUGGGUCACUAUCUCUCCACGGAGAACGCCAGCAUGAAGUUGGGAACAGAGGCCAUGUCAACCAAUCACUCUGUCAUAGUCAACUCCCCCGUCAUUACAGCAGCAAUAAACAAAGAGUUCAGCAAUAAGGUUUAUCUAGCUGAUCCUGUGGUGUUUACAGUCAAGCACAUCAAGCAGUCAGAAGAAAUUUUCAACCCUAACUGUUCAUUCUGGAACUAUUCAAAACACACGAUGACAGGGUAUUGGUCGAAACAAGGGUGUCGGCUUCUGACCACAAACAAGACACACACCACAUGUUCCUGUAAUCACCUCACCAACUUUGCAGUCUUGAUGGCACAUGUGGAAGUCAAGCACAGCGACACGGUACAUGACCUGCUCCUGGAUGUUAUCACAUGGGUUGGCAUUCUGCUGUCACUCGUCUGCCUCCUGAUCUGCAUCUUCACCUUUUGCUUUUUCCGCGGACUCCAGAGUGACAGGAACACAAUUCACAAGAACUUGUGCAAGCUCUUUGUGGCCGAGCUCCUCUUCCUCAUCGGGAAUCAUCGAACAGAUCAGCCAAUCGCCUGUGCUGUGUUUGCUGCCCUCCUGCACUUCUUUUUCCUGGCGGCAUUCACCUGGAUGUUCCUGGAGGGGGUGCAGCUGUACAUCAUGCUGGUGGAGGUGUUUGAGAGUGAACACUCACGAAGGAAGUACUUCUAUCUGGUUGGCUAUGGAAUGCCCGCGCUCAUCGUGGCUGUCUCAGCGGCGGUCGACUACAGGAGCUAUGGCACAGAUAAAGUAUGUUGGCUCAGACUUGACACCUACUUCAUUUGGAGCUUUAUAGGACCAGCGACCUUGAUAAUUAUGCUUAAUGUAAUCUUCCUGGGGAUGCUCUAUAAAAUGUUCCAUCAUACUGCCAUCCUGAAACCUGAAUCUGGCUGUCUCGACAAUAUUAACUAUGAGGAUAACAGACCCUUCAUCAAGUCAUGGGUUAUAGGCGCAAUAGCCCUACUCUGCCUCUUAGGACUGACCUGGGCCUUUGGACUUAUGUAUAUUAAUGAAAGCACAGUUAUCAUGGCAUAUCUCUUCACCAUUUUCAAUUCCCUGCAGGGAAUGUUUAUAUUCAUUUUCCAUUGUGUCCUUCAGAAAAAGGUACGUAAAGAAUAUGGAAAAUGCCUGCGCACACAUUGCUGUAGUGGGAAAAGUACAGAGAGCUCCAUCGGCUCAGGAAAAACAUCUGGGUCACGGACUCCUGGACGAUAUUCCACAGGCUCACAGAGCCGGAUCCGUAGAAUGUGGAAUGACACAGUUCGAAAGCAGUCUGAGUCUUCCUUUAUUACCGGAGAUAUAAACAGUUCAGCUUCACUCAACAGAGAGCCCUACAGAGAGACAAAGGGGCUUCUGAACAAUGCCAGGGAUACAAGUGUCAUGGAUACUCUACCACUGAAUGGUAACCACGGCAACAACUACAGCAUCGCCAGCGGCGAGUACCUGAGCAACUGUGUGCAAAUCAUUGACCGUGGGUAUAAUAACCACACCGAGACUGCCCUAGAGAAAAAGAUCCUGAAGGAACUCACCUCCAACUACAUCCCUUCCUAUCUGAACAACCACGAGCGCUCCAGUGAACAGAACAGGAACCUGGUGAACAAACUCGUCAACAACAUCGGCAGCACGACCGAGGACGACGCCAUCGUCCUCGACGACGCCACCUCCUUCAAUCACGAGGAGAGCCUGGGUCUGGAACUCAUCCACGAAGAGUCCGACGCCCCCUUGCUGCCACCAAGGGUUUAUUCUGCCGAGAACCACCAGCCGCACCACUACACCAGGAGACGGAUCCCGCAAGACAACAGCGAGAGCUUUUUCCCCUUGCUAACCAACGAGCACACAGAAGACCACCAGUCACCCAACAGGGAUUCUCUGUAUACCAGCAUGCCUGCACUGGCUGGCAUGCCCGUCACAGAAAGCGUUACCACCAGCACCCAGACCGACCCCCCCACGGCCAAAACUGGUGAUGCCGACGAUGUGUACUACAAAAGCAUGCCAAAUCUAGGCUCCAGGAACCACGUCCAUCAGCUACACACUUACUACCAGCUGGGGCGAGGGAGCAGUGAUGGUUUUAUAGUCCCACCGAGCAAAGACGGGGCUUCCCCUGAAGGGAGUUCCAAAGGACCUGCUCACUUGGUCACUAGUCUAUAGAAGAUUAAGCAAAAAUGUAAAACAACCAACGUCCCCUCCCUUUGCUCCCUAACAUCUGGUUUACUGUUCUGAGUUAAUACAAGCAGUGGUAAUAUUGUGCGUACUCCUAAAUCUUCGUGCUGUUCUAAAAAACAAACAAAUGGUCAGACUUUUUUUUUUACUGGAAUUUUUAGGCCAGCCCGGGGAGAAUAAUAACUGAUGAAAUUCCACCCCUUUCCUCCCCUCCUUCUCUCAGACAGACUUCAUUAUGUUAAUGAAAGAGAUACAACAGAUAAUGGCACACUUCGUGGCCUUCUCAAGUUAUGCUGUGUUUGUUUAAACAUCCUUGAUGCUCUGUUGCUAUUAUUACUAAGGACCUGAUUUAAAAAAAAGAAAAGGCCAAAACUUGCAUUUGAAACUAGUAGCGAUGACGCAUCUCGGUGGGAGUGCUGCACAAAGAACAAACAACAACAAAAAAUAGCAAAACUGUUUAUUAUGAAUCUGUAUCACAUAAUGGUUUUUGGUCACUCACAACUUGAUUUAACUGCAGCGCGCUUAGCUGUGGGAGCAAACAAAACAAAAUCUAAUGAAACGGAAGGGAAUUCUAGAAUUAUAUAUGCUAUGCGCAUAUUUUAUGUUUUGCUGUAUUAACUGAUAAAAAAACUAAUGGCAGAAAAAAAAUUGAACAAUUUCUAUGUAAUGUACAGAUACUAGCAUUGCACAUAUAGUCUGCUUUUUGUUCCUCCAGAACUUGCGUCCCUGUUAAUGUAGUGGAAGAAAAAAAAAACUUUUUCUGUUGUGCUGGUCUUGCAAAUUUGUCUACCAGUAGGAGCAAGGUUUUUCAUAAAUCCUUUUUUGCCAUUUUAUUCUUUAAAAAUGUCACUGGGCAAAAAAACCCCACAAAAAAACAAAACAAAAGAAAGUCACUUUCUAAGGCUCGUAUUCUAGUAAUGCGAUCACAAAUUCUUUCCAACCAAUGGAAUUUUCUUUUCUCAUGCUUUCUCUUUCUUCAGUCGGUGUAUUGCCAACAGAAAUUUUGCAGAUUAGAGCAGGGCAAACUUUAUGUUUACAGUGCACAACUGAUAAUAAUAAUAAUAAUAAUAAUAAUAAUAAUAAUAAUAAUAAUAAUAUGAAGCAUAUUUGGCAAGCCGUCCCUCACCCAGGCAGUAGGCACAGUACUAGAAGCCAAGAGAUCUCUUAUUGUUAUAGCUGGGCUUCUGCAUGUGAAAACAAUAUCCCUGUAGGAGUUAAGAGUCGUCAAGCCUCAGUCUGGUUCCCGAUCUAGGCACUUGUACUGCAGUGGUUAAAAAAAAAAAAAAUUUUGACUGUCUUUUAACAAGAAUUUGAAAACCAACUAUUUUGAAGUGAUUAAAAAAAUCCUCUGUUCAUUAUUUUCCUAACGGGAAAUUUAUUUAUUUGACAGGAUUUCAAGUAAUGUAGGCUUUCCGGAGGUAAAUUAGCAGCACAGAUUAUAAUUUUUUUUUUAAUUUAUGAUCCAUUUUGUAUGGUCUCAAAGUUGAAUGACCUCAUUACUAAUAUUUGUUGUAAAAGUGAAACUUGUUUGCCAACCAAUAAACAACUGAUUAAGAUUUAGAAGAUA